GGCCCAACCACUAAGGGCAGGACUGUUCGGUGGCUGUCAUAUUCUCAUGUGACGGAAAUUAGGAAACCACUAAAGUAUUGCCCCCAGGUAGGAUGUGACAGGGAUAAAUGAAGAAUGGUAGCUGCCAUCUGAGUGCUCAUGUGUGCUCUGUGCUUUAUAUCCAUCAUCUGCGGGCCUCUCCAUGGCCCUGCAGGGGAGUUAGGGGACUCCGUUCCCUGUGGCUCUGGGAGAGGUGACAGGCACCUUGCCCAGGGCACCUAGCUACCAAGAGGGAAGGCCUGCCUGGUUCCAAAGUCUGGGCUCUUUCUCCUUCUCCCAGACUGCUUCGACCUGUCAAGGGCUGAUGACCCCGUGGGGAAGGAGUGGCUGGCUCACUGAAAGCUUACUGCUGCUGUUACUGCUGCUGAAAGGCUGCUGACUUGAGUAAACCAAUAGAUAAAAGGAUAUACAAAGGAACACAGCCUACUUGUCAUGACUUCAACCACCUAACAGCCACAGCAGAAAGUGUCUCUCUCCUAGUGGGCUUUUCUGCAGGCCAAGUCCAGCUUAUAGACCCAAUCAAAAAAGAAACUAGCAAACUAUUUAAUGAGGAAAGACUAAUAGACAAGUCACGAGUAACCUGUGUCAAAUGGGUUCCUGGUUCGGAAAGCCUUUUCCUAGUAGCCCAUGCGAGCGGGAACAUGUACUUGUAUAAUGUAGAGCACACUUGUGGCACCACAGCCCCCCACUACCAGCUUCUGAAGCAGGGAGAGAGCUUUGCCGUGCACACUUGCAAGAGCAAAUCCACGAGGAACCCUCUCCUCAAGUGGACGGUGGGCGAGGGGGCCCUCAACGAGUUUGCUUUCUCCCCAGAUGGCAAGUUCUUGGCGUGCGUGAGCCAGGACGGCUUCCUGCGGGUGUUCAACUUUGACUCGGUGGAGCUGCACGGCACCAUGAAAAGCUACUUUGGAGGCUUGCUGUGCGUGUGCUGGAGCCCAGACGGCAAGUACAUCGUGACGGGCGGAGAGGACGACCUGGUGACCGUCUGGUCCUUUGGAGACUGCCGCGUGAUCGCGCGGGGCCACGGGCACAAAUCCUGGGUCAGCGUGGUGGCGUUUGACCCCUACACCACUAGCGUGGAAGAGAGUGACCCUAUGGAGUUCAGUGGCAGCGACGAGGACUUCCAGGACCUUCUUCACUUUGGGAGAGAACGAGCAAAUAGCACCCAGUCCCGGCUGUCCAAGCGGAACUCGACUGAGAGCCGCCCCGUCAGUGUCACGUAUCGGUUCGGCUCCGUGGGCCAGGACACGCAGCUCUGCUUGUGGGACCUCACGGAAGACAUCCUUUUCCCCCAUCAGCCCCUCUCCAGAGCAAGGACACACACGAACGUCAUGAACGCCACGAGUCCUCCUGCCGGAAGCACUGGCAACAGCGUCACGACCCCCGGCAGUUCGGCGCCCCCUCCUCUGCCGCGGUCCAACAGCCUCCCGCAUUCCGCCGUCUCCAACGCCGGCAGCAAGGGCAGCGUCGCGGACGGGGCCAUCGCUUCUGGGGUCAGCAAGUUCGCGACCCUCUCACUGCACGACCGGAAGGACAGGCACCACGAGAAAGAUCACAAGCGAAACCAUAGCAUGGGACACAUUUCUAGCAAGAGCAGCGACAAACUGAACCUCGUUACUAAAACCAGAACGGACCCAGCGAAAACUCUGGGGACGCCCCUGUGUCCUCGCAUGGAAGACGUUCCCUUGUUAGAGCCGCUCAUCUGUAAAAAGAUAGCACAUGAAAGACUGACUGUGUUAAUUUUUCUUGAAGACUGUAUAGUCACUGCUUGUCAGGAGGGAUUUAUUUGCACAUGGGGAAGGCCUGGUAAAGUGUUUUUCAGCUUAAACAUUAUCCUGAGCAAGAAUAUCUUUUCUAACCUAACCUCUGGAAGAAAACAGCUUUUGGCAAGAAGAGGCUAUUACUCCUUGGUCAGCACGACUUUUCCAUCAUGCACUGAGACGCAUGGAUGAAAAGCACAGGAAUGAGUGCUCGGGGUGGCACGCGAGCCGAGCUGCUCCCUCCCAACCAGAGGUGGCUCUGCCCGCCCGCCCGCCUGCCCGCCCGCCUGCCUGCCUGCAGCGACAGAAGCCCUCGGAGAGCACGAGCCAGGCCACGGGGGUCUUCUCUGCCUGCCCUGCUCGCCUCUCAUACAGCCUCUGGGAACCCCAGGAGCAAGGUCUGUGUUGUGACUUGGGUGACGCAGUCUUCUGAACCCGUUGGCUGCCCCAGCCCCAGCCCCUCUCUGAGUGUCUCCUCCCUUGGGAGGGCUUGAGAAGGAAGCCUUCAGAAAACCUUGCCUUCUUUUAAAAGCAAAUGUGUAAGAGGGAGUAGGCAGACUCUAAAAAAACCCAGUAGCUUUGGGUUCUAAAUUGAUUUAAUUUCGUCUUUUGUGCUGAUUGGACCUUCUAGCAUUUUUUACGGGUUCUCCUAUGAGCCAUUGUCUUGGGACUAAGGAUAAAUGCCUUAAUGAAAAAAACGGGAAUAAGCUCUACCAGUGACUGUUGUCUCAGACAUCCAGAAACAAUGGGGGACAAAAUGCCAGGGAGCUUCUCAGUGUUCACGGGCGUAUACAUGCGUCCCCUCAGUAUCUGUUCCACUGCUGGGCCCCACAGCCAAGUCCAAGCUGGCAGGUGGCCCGGCAGCUGUUUCUCCCCAAUUCCUCCACUUCCUGUGGUACAUCUUGAAUUUUUAAGAAAUGGUCCAGUAUUGCAUUUGCACUGAAGUUGGUGAAGCUGUUUCAUCAGUGCCUGUGCCAGUGCACAAGGUUCUUGUUACCUCCUGCUUGGGAGCGAGAUCUUUGAUUUCCUGGUUGAGGAAGCUCAAAGUGUGAGGGGAAGGCCAAAGGGCCGGGGAGCACCAGGGAAGGAAUCCUUUGAAAACUCAAAGGUCAUGUUUGUGGACUUGACUGUCCGAGGAGAAGCUAAAAGCAGAGGUCCACCGUGGAUUUCCCAGGAGGGAUACACGGAGCACAGCAUACCGUGCUGUGCGGGAGGCCGUGGCCAAGGGUGACCGGCCCCUGUGCGGCCCCCACGCGAAGGGGAACUAGGGGAGCAGUUGGCCUCCCGCGUGGUGUGUCCACUCCUGGGGUUUCCUUCCUCCGCAUUUGCGUGUAGGCCUGAUGAGUGACCCGGAGGAAGUGUCCGCCUCGGGCACCACAGCAGGGAACAGUCAGCAAGGCCCUCUCCUUGUCCAGAGCACACCUGUCGCUCUGGGCUGGUCAGGAUUGUCACCUGUUCAUGUCGUCAGGUGACCAAGCUCCACCACCCCAGUGCUGGCCCGUGAGAGACGGCCUGGGAGGGUGGAGUCCAGGGCUCACCUUGAAGAGCACUUGUAUCCAGCUGUUCCCUUUGAAACUCAGAGCCAAGUUCAAACCUGUAUGUAAAAGCCCCUCCAGGAGAGGGAAGCUGUCCCACUGGUACUGACUUUAUAUUCAUUGCCGCAUCUGUUACAUGGACUUUGUGUCAUGGUCAAAUCUCUGUCUCUCAAUUUAAAUAUGUAAAAGAAAACUUUUCUGCAUUUUUGAUUUCUGUAUACUAAGUUUAUAAAAGGUUACUGUGUUAGAUGACACUGUAUAAAGUUGUGUGAAUAUUUACCUUUAGUGAAGAUCAAAACUCAUAUAUGUACUUCCUUUUUUACAUUUUCAUCUAAUUUCUUGAAAACUUGAAUAAAUUUCAUAAAGAGCCUUCCUAACAUGAAAUGUUGGUAAAUUAAGUUCUUAACUGUUGCAAUAAUUAAUGAAGCUUUAAUAUCAGUAUUGUUACUUUAUAAUUUUAAGAAAAUCAUGUUUCUGUUUCACUGCCUUGGUUUUAGCUGGUCCCUUGUCACUGUCACAGCUAGAGACUUACUACAUACUUGAUAUUCUGAAGACCUGGGGGGUUGUCCUCUGUAUCAUGACAUUAAAUAAACAUGUGAAUGAAUUGUAAAUGUAGAUAAUUUUCAAUAGUCAUCUUCACAUCUGAGCUUUAAAAAAAAUCUCAGUGAACCAAAAAAGAAAGGCUUUUAAAUGCUGUAAAAUUAAGGGCCUUGUUAAUGUUUAUAGAACAAAUAGCCUGAGGAACCGCUACCUCUUACUACUGAUUCUGAGUUUUUCAUAAUUAGA